GCGACGGGCGUGUGAUGCGCGUGUAGUCACAUCCGAUGAAGAUGGAGUCCGCCGUGGACUCAGCGUCGACCGCGAGCGAAGUUAGCGGUUCUAGCGGAGGCUCGCCCAGAGUGAAGGCUGCGUCGCCAGCUAGAGCGCUCAGCCCGCCGUUGCUGGCGCCGAGACUGCCUCUCCCGCCGCCGGGCCUCGGGCUGCUGGGCUCGCUGCAGAUGAUGCAUCACUCGCCGCUGGAGCUGAUGGCAGCCGCUCACCAUCACGGCCCACCGCGCUAUGGCAGCCCGCCGCCUAUAUCCACAUCCGACCCAUCCGCUAAUGAGUGCAAGCUGGUGGAUUACAGAGGACAGAAGGUCGCAGCCUUCAUCAUCCAGGGCGACACCAUGCUCUGCUUGCCGCAGGCUUUCGAGCUGUUCUUGAAGCAUCUAGUGGGCGGGCUGCACACAGUGUACACGAAGCUGAAGAGACUGGACAUAGUGCCGCUGGUGUGCAAUGUAGAGCAGGUUCGCAUCCUGAGAGGUCUGGGCGCGAUACAGCCUGGGGUCAACCGCUGCAAGCUGCUCUCCUGCAAGGACUUCGACGUGCUCUACCGCGACUGCACCACGGCAAGGUGCCUGUCAAUGAAAGCGCCAGACAGCUCUAGACCGGGGCGACCUCCGAAGCGUGCCUCGGGUGUGGGCCUGUCGCUAGCCGCCACCCAAUUCCCUGGACAUCCCUUCAAGAAGCAUCGCCUUGAGAACGGAGACUACUCCCCAUAUGAAAACGGACAUAUGAGUGAAAUGGCUCGUAUGGACAAGUCCCCCCUGCUCGCUAAUGGGUACAACGCGCCCCCCACGCACCUGGGACCCAUGGGCUUCAUGCAUCAGCACGCGCUCAUGUCCCCCAGUAUGCACCACGGAGUCCCUCGACCUGACGGAUCCAUCAUCAAAGGCCAGCCGAUGCACAAUAUGGAGGCACUGGCGAGAUCUGGUAUUUGGGAGAAUUGUAGAGCAGCUUACGAAGACAUCGUAAAACAUCUAGAAAGGUUGCGGGAUGAGAGAGGUGAUAUCGAACGUGUGAUAGCGAUGGACAAAGCACGCGAGGGUUCACAUAACGGCUCCUCUCCAGGUCACAGUCCUGUCUUGAACCUCUCGAAAUCAGGUUCUGGAGAACGGGAACGAGAACGAGAGCGCGAACGUGGGGAAAGGGGGGAGGGUUCUGCCAGUGGUCGAAGCUCAGCAGCUUCUCGCCGCACACCCCAACCUCCCCGCAUACCAUCCACAGCAGCAGCUGCUUCACCCAGAUCUCAUACUGACGAUAGUGAUCCUGGUCUCUCUGACCAAGAAGACCAUAAUGUUAAAGACGAAGAUGACGGCGCUGAGUUGAGUGACGGUGAGCGUGAUAUGCCAACGAAUACAUCACCAGCUGCUGUCAACUACCCGACUCAAGGAUCUCCCUCAAACGUGCCCGUGGACCCGUCCGCAGACACCCUGGUCUCCUCAACGGAAACGCUCCUGAGGAACAUUCAGGGGCUGCUCAAGGUUGCAGCAGAUAACGCACGCCAGCAAGAACGACAGAUUAGCUACGAAAAAGCCGAACUGAAGAUGGACGUCCUAAGAGAACGAGAAGUGAAAGACAAUUUGGAAAGACAACUACUCGAUGAACAGAAGAUGAGAGUUAUGUAUCAGAAGAGACUAAAAAAGGAAAGAAAACAACGACAACAAAUACAAGAACAGUUAGAAAUGGAACUUAAGAGACGACAGAAGAUUGAAGAAGCAUUGAAGCAAUCGGGGGCGCCUUCUGAGAUACUCAGAAUAGUCACUGAGAAUCUAUCACCGCCCCCAGAGAAUAGGGAACGCGAGAAUGGUACGGAGAGCAAGCCACCGAGCACGGAGCCGCCCACCACAUCACCACCUUUCCAGCGUGACCCACCACGCACACCAGACAAACCACAAUGGAACUACCCUCCACCACCCGUUGAUAUCAUGAGUGGAGGAGCAGCCUUCUGGCAAAAUUACUCCGAAUCCCUGGCGCAGGAGUUGGAGAUGGAGCGCAAAUCUCGUCAGCAGGCGAUGGAGCGUGAUGUCAAGAGUCCGUUGUCAGACCGCGCUGGUUACUACAAGAACUCAGUGUUGUUUAGCUCAGCCACUUAGCUGGCGACCUCCGGGGCUGUGAACCCCGACAAUCAACACGAUAAACACGAAGACACAAGGAAACCAAUCAUAAGCGUUAAACCCGAGUUCAGAGAGAAGUAGGCCGUUCUGAUAUUUCUUUAGUGUCCUCUCGAUAAACGAUCAAUACGUCUGUGUACAUUGAAUACAUAACUAAUUAUCUAGCUUUACAUUCUUUUGUGUAUCGGAUCUCCGAGUAUUUGUACUUUUGAGAUUAUCUGUAAAUACUGUUAUAAAUUAGAUUUAAGCCCGUAGAUUUCGUGAUGUGACGCGAGGUCGCUGAACUCUUCUUCCAUAGUGAAAUUUGUAUAUAUUUCAUAAUAUUUUUAGAUAUAAGUCUUGACAGUUCUAACGAUACACAUAAUUUACGCGUCAACAUUUAAUCGUUUACGAAAUGUACCUUUAAAUUAAUUGUUAAAUGCCAUAUUUAUACGUUAAGUAUGAUGAUUUACGAUUUAUUAUAAAUUAAGAAACAGCCUUAGCUGCGUAUUGUUUGUAACAACAUAUUAUGGAACACACGGUGGAAUAUAAAGAAAGCUUUGUAAUUGAUCGCAACAACGUUUGGAAUUGACCUAAGACUGCUUUUGUACCACGGUCUGCUUUUGUACUUGCUAAUCGAUUCAUGACACUUGAACAAUAUUUUUGCUUUGUAUAAAUUCAACUAUAAAGCGCAUAUGAUUUAAAAAUUUACAACAGACGAACGUAUAUAAAGUUUUUCUAAUGCAAUGUGAUCUUCAAUAUCAUUAACGUAUUCAGUUUUAGUGCAAUCAUUAGAUUUAACUGAUAAUAGAUUAAUGAUAAUAAAAAAAAAACAUAGAAAUGUAUGAUAGCUAUGUUAAGACAGCGGUGCCGAUGGUUCAUUUUAUAAAAUGACUGAAUGCCCAUAAUGAUAUUCUUCUGACGUACAAUGUAAUGUAAGCGAUUCCUUUAAAAUUUCAUAUAAAAUACAUUGUAAUAUAAAUAUCGAACGUCUCAUCAUAUCCAUGAUCCGGUGAAAGCGGGCAGUAUUUUAUUAAGUGCGAUAAUUAUAAUAUAAUAGAUAAACUAUAAAUGAUAGCGUUAUUUAUAUCGAUGCUUAGUUUACGAAAUGACUUUGAAUGUCUAAAAUAGUUUAAAUAAGAUUUAGACAUUGUAUCGGGAUAUUGGCGCUCGGCUGUUACACGCAUUUGAACCGCUGUUAAAAGGGACGCUCGACGAGUGUCAUGAGUGAGAACAGUCGGGCGCCGAGUCAUACGGCUUGGUACGUUUAUUCUGAAAUGUUAUCUGUAAUGGGUAAUAAAGUAAUGAAUAAAUACUUAGUUGUUACUAUAAAUGUUUAGAUGGAUGAGUGCGUGGUUGUAUACAGUGCGUGAAUGCGGCAAUUUCAUAUCAGUUCGUUAAUUUGACGAUAUAAUGUGAGAAAGUAUUACUGUUCAAAGUUUUAAUUGUGAAGUUCCGUACACUUAUAGCAUUAUUAGAAUAGAGUUCCUUUGUCAAUUAGAUGUCGAGGCUUGACAGUACACGUUGAUGACUUGGUUAUUUGCAGUUUAAUAAGCGACUUAUUAUUUAUUAUUUCUAUUAUAAUUAUUAUUAAUUUACUUAAAAUUGUGUGUGUGCCUUGUAUCGUAGAGAAAAAUAUCAAGAUUAAAAAAUAAUUAUCA